GAAAAUGGAAUUAAAAAAACUCGCAUCGCAUCGCGAAGUAGUGAUGAACGACGACGAAAUUGUUUCUGGCUCCUAUAAUGGUCUCGACGUCGCUUCUUCUCUGUCCGUGUAAAAGUAAUUUUCAAUUAAAUCGCAGUAACGAAAAUAACAUUCAACGCAUAAAAUUCGGAAUUACGAACGGGAGCGGUGUCAACAUUAUUGACUUGUAAUUUUCUAGUACCAAAUUCUGCCUGCGCCCCAUUUUGGAACUCCGUCAAGAUCUGGAAGGAUUGUGUGUCCCUUGUGUGUGAAAAUGUAAGGGAAGGGUUGAUGAGUAAAAAUUAUUAUUAAUGUUAAGGCGUGUAUUAGUUUAUCUUUCAAGUGCAUCGAUUGAAUCGUAAAUAUAGAUAUUGCUGAAUGAAAGUGAAAAAAUCAAAUAAGACAGCAUAAUGGAAAAAGAGCGAAAAUGAUGAGUGCUCUGUGAAACGAAAGUGAAUUCGGUAGAGUGAUUAUGAAAACAUUCCUCCUGACUUGCUCUUCAAGGCUGUUGUGCUUGCAAUUACUACUGCCAACAACUAAUUGAGGUGGCGGUUCAAUUGCAGUGGCAUCUUGUCGGGAGGUGGCGUGUAAAACUUCCGGCUAAGAACACCAAGGGCAUAAGUUUUACAAGAUCAUGCUUUGAGAAGAACUAAAAAAUCAGAAUAACGGGUAGCAGUAAUUUUCGGGAGCCCUGAAUGUACGCAGUAGAACGCAAAUCUAAGGUCAUCAUAGCAAAAGUCAAAAGCAAUAACUGAUACAAAGAAACACACGAUGGUGCACAGUGGUGCGUGUAUAUCGCACUAUCUGCUGCGACCACCACCGUCAUCGUCAGCAACAUCACAGCUGUAUUCAACCGCCAUCGUAGCCAGUAGCUGUCGCCGCCGGAAAACUGUCGUCUUUCGAGAGGCAACUAUCACACCAACACCUCAGCUCAAAAUCAGACGAUCGUCAAUUCAAGCAGCAUCUGCCACACGAGAACAAAAUCUAGGAUCAUUUGAUCUGCCUCUACGAAAGCAACCGAAAGAGGUCCUAUUGUCUACAUUUGAGAGGGUCUCAAAACGAUAGCAAAGCUACAGCAACUUGAUUAUUCGGGUUCACGUUGAUUCCUGUCACCAAGGAUUGCCCUGUGAGACUGUGAUAGGGCCGGAUCUCGGAGCGCGCAUACUAACAAAAAACUAGCACAUAGAUUCGUGGUUCAGGAAAGGACUGAAGAGAUUAGUAGUUUUAGGAGGAAUCGUAGAAUUUAAGGCAAACAUUAGUAAAAGAUAACCUAAGGGGCUAUCUGAUUCGGCAUAAGCAAUGUAUUCCGAAACAAUAUCGGAAUUGGACACGAUAGCCAAUGUGAUCGGUCUGCGCGGCGUAGGAACAAGUACGUUAACCAAGUUUGUCGAUAUGUGGUACCACGUCUUCCUGUGGGCAUUAUUUUCAUCGAUUGUUAUCCAUACUGGUGCAGCGGUAAUAGCAUUCGUUACGCUGCGCAAGCACAAGUUCGGACGAUUUUUCUCAAUUUUCAUCCUAGUAAUGGGUGUUGUAUCUCCGGUUGCCGGAGGCUUCGUCAGUAGUGCCACCAUUGCCUUUGUACAUAGAGCCUCGAAUUUACCGAUGUCGCCAAUUCUGGCGAUGGUGUAUGGCGUUGGUCAGACCCUACUGUCUGCUUGUAUCGGGUUCACGCGUCUGUUGGCAACACUGUAAUUGCCAUUGGAGCUCCGCACCCUAUGCUCAACUAUGGUGGAAAGCAUCACAUUCAAAUACAAAUACAUCCAUACAUGUAACGUGAACACAUCUAAAUUAUUGUACUAGAGGAAAUUCUAAAUAGAUCAAAAACACGUUAGCCAUUUUACGAUAGUUCAGUUUUUAUCAAAAUGCGCAAGAGAAGAAGAAAAAAAAUCGAAAGGAAUGAGAAUCCUUUGGGAUAACAAUGCAAGGGCCAUACAACACGAAGUGACGUGAGACAUAUAGCAGACGAUUAAAUAUUUCAAGAAAACAUAUUGUUUUAUGACAAUGAUGAAGCGACAGCUUUUCUGCUACGAUGAGAAAAACAAGAAAACAAAGGAAAGACUAAAUGGAAUAAGGAAGACGGAGAAAAGAAUGCAGAAUGAUUAUUAUACAUAGUCAAAAAACAAAAAAAAAAAGAAAUAGUGAUAUAUACCUUAACAAAUAAUUGAACCUAAUUAGUAGAAAAACUAAAUGGAAAAAGAGCAAACCUAGUUAAAGCAAAUCAAACGCCACUGAAGCAAACCUUAAAUGUGCUAUUUACCGACCAUUAUCAUCAUUAUCACACAUACAACUAUCGAACAUUAUGCUUUGGAUACAUCACCUCGUUUGUGUUCUAACUUUCCCAUUUUUAUAAAGGACGCUGCUAUAUUGCUUCACAGGUCCUGCAUAUCUCUGUAAUGUAGAAUGGGUAAAAUAUCAUGUUGACAUGAACUUAUUUAUUUGUCAUUUUACUGCUUUACUUCCACUUUCUAUCUCUCUUUUGAGGUCACACAACCUCUCAACUAUGUAAUAGUCGUUAUACAUAUAUCCAUAGGUUUGCCUUUUUUCUUGCAACUUGAAUCCGGCUGUCCUCUCGACAUUCUUUGUAGAAAUGUAGACUAGUCUAGUAAAGAGUAAAAUAUUUUGAAUAUGUUCCAAAAUUUUAGGUUUGUCUCUGCAUAUUUAUUAGUAGGUAGGGAGGGCUUGUAUGUAUAUUUUUGUUUAUUUUAUUAUCGGCGAGGAAAAAAUGGAGAGGGAGUGUCACAGUAAAUCCAAUAAAAUACUAAUAAUUGUUAAGCAAAACAGUGGGAAAUCAGUAAUCGAUACUUGGGGCGUGGUUUAAAAAACGAGCAAUUGAUUCAUUCGGAAGGGAGUAUAAUUCAGAAAGGGGUAGCAUAUGGGACAUUGUGUUUAAGCUUCCCAGGAGUAUGGAAAACACAAUUUCUGUCAGAUGCUCGUCUUCUGCAUAAAGAGAUAAAAUGGAUCCGGUUUUAAUCAUACAUAUUAAAUAAAUAAAAGUCAAUGAACCGAUAGUAAAACAUA